UGCAAUUCAACAAACUUGACCAUAGACCCACAGCAACUGAUCGGAGAUCGGAAACUAAGAGAAAAUGGAGGCAAAAUUUGGUUCAUGCGAUGAUGAUUUUCUAGAAAAUGGAAUUACGAGUCUUCAUUCCUUGUUCUCUGUACGCUAAAUUUCCAGAAGAAGACGUCAGAGAUGAAAUGGCGGAGUCAAACAAUGGCGCCCAAUUUACUUCCAUUAUCAGACUGUACCAACAACCAAAUCGGAGCCAAGGUCAGAUUUCCACCGGCCUUGAAGAACAUCGCUGUUGGUAGGUAGAUUAGAAGAACAGACAGUUUGCGAUAUCUCGAGUUGUUUGUUUGAAUAAGUUGCCAGGGAAACAAGACUUUGAUUAAUCAGGUUUUCAAAUGGCUGGAAAAGGAAAUGAACGUUUAGAUUGUACACAUGCUUCCAAUCCUUACCAUGUCUGCUUUGAACACUGUUCUGAAAAGAAGGGUGAAAGCAAGAAGCAGAUAGCUAGAAAGUAUUCAGGCGAUGGUGCGAUGAAGUAUAGCGGCGAACGCAAAAAGACGGUUCGUUCAGAUUGCACUAAUGGAUCGAAUCCUUACCACAACUGUAAUGAAUUCUGCUCAAACAUAAUCACUCAUUCUGGCAGGCCAAGGGCAGAAAGGGAUUCAGCUGCAGGUUCAGGUGGAGCAACGAAGGAUUCGAGGCCAAAAUCACCCCGAAAACUCAAUGUAUCUUCGGUGAGUGCCGUUUCGUUGAAACCUCAAGUAACUAAAGCCCGUGCUCUUCCAGUGGAAAAAACAAAUUUGAGGAAUGGUGACUAUAUCAAGCCGUAUGAUGGGGAAACUUGCUUUGUUGAAGACUCUUUGACGAUCGAGGAAAAAAAUAAAUUCUCCCAUUUGAUUCUAGUUUCUGCAAAUGCCCUGAAGACUGAUGCUUCCUCAAUUACUUAUGUGAAAUCAAAAGAAGACAUUAAUACAAGGCCUGAUGAAGUUUCUGAAAUAGUGCAAGAUCCUCCACUUCAUGAUGAGGAAGAAGGUGGUCGUACUACCGCUUCACUCAAUAUCACUAGCUUUCCUUUCCCCGACAUGGUUCGUAAUCAUAUAAAAUGGGACGAGGACGAAGUUAAAUCAGUAUUAUCCGAGCCCUCUGUACCCGUGGGGAAGUACUAUGUUAAAGCAAGUUCUGCUCCCAUUCUGCAAUCAAUCUUCAACAAGCAUGGAGACAUAGCGGCUUCAUGUAAACUGGAAUCGACAUCGAUCCGCUCUUAUUAUUUGGAGAGUGUGUGCUAUAUCAUUCAAGAGUUGCAGCACACAAAGUUCUCCCAGAAGGCGUCCAAGUCCAAAGUUAAAGAACUCUUAGCCAUCAUCAACGACUUGGUUUCUUCAGAAAUGAACGUUGGUUGGUUGCAUAGUAUACUCAACGAUGUUGCAGAAGCUGUUGAGUCCUCCAGCAGCCAACAAUGGAGUCUGGAGGUGGCCAAGGCAAAUUGCGACCACGAGUUGGAGCUGACCAAGAAAGAACUCGAAUCUCGAGUCGAGGAUUUAACACGAAAAGAAAAGGAAAUGAGCAGUGCGAAGGCAAAAGUCGUCGACACCAGAGCUCGCUUGAGUGAACUCGAGCUCAAAUAUGGUCAGCUGAAUGAGGAGAUUUCAUCUCUGCAGUUAAAGGUUAAUGGUAUCAAAAUCAAUACCUUGACCGAUCAACUUUUGUAAAUUUUCAGGUUAGCCUCAAGGCUCUUUUUAGGCAAACUAGAAGGCAGAAAUACUA